CUUUCGAUAUUUCUUAAUAAAGAAUAUUAUUCUCUUUCGAAUGUUGAAAACCGCAGGUCUCUAGCUGCUUCCUAUCCGGAGUUAUUCAACUUACAACCGACUCCAUUGUUCAUUGAAAUGGAUAGUAAUAAUCGCUUAUUUGUGGUGUUUUUAAUGUUUUACUCAUAUCAAUCCUCAAUUUAAGUCUUAAACUUAAACAGUCCAUUGGUCAGCGUAGAUUUGAGUUAAGAUUGGCGUAUAGUUACAUGACGUUAAGCUUUCUUCAAAUCACCAUCUCCAAACAUGUGUAACUAAUGCGCAAGCACAAGGAAAUUGCGAAAUAGGACGUUUUCAUACUUAUUCGUUUCAACUAAAUAAGUAGAAAGUUACAUGAAAAACCAUAAUACGAAAGGGAAAGUGAAUGUGUAUGGGAAGACAUAGAUUUUCACUUUUGCAUUCAUCUACUUUUAAAAUUGCAUUUUUAUCUUCGAAAGUGGUUGUUUGUGCCUUGUUUCUACUAAAUGAUGUAUUAAGUUCUAUAUUCCAAGUCUUUCGACUCGUCGUUGCUUCUUUACAUAGAUCAGUUGUAUUAAAUAUUAUCCGUUUUGUAGAUGAGCUUGGUUGCUUAUACUUUAUCGGAUUCUGAUGAAGACAAACAGAACUGUGUGAAUUUGGAUAGCAAGAAGACAACUACUCAAUCACAAACACUUAAUUCGGUUGGAAACAAAAAAAGAAAAAUGUCAGUCUCAAAAAUCAAGUAUUUCUCUACAUUUACAAUUUCGAAUUUUUGUCUCAGAUUGCCAUCUGUCAAACUUCAUCUUUCGAAUGAAGUUGACUAUUUCGAAACAGAUCAUGUUGAUAACACGAACGAACAUGAUGGACGAAAAAGGUUAUUUGCACAUGAACGAGGCAAUUGGGCAACAUCCAUAUUUGCAUUUGUGUACUGUUCGUCUCAUAUGGAUACGUUAAUUGACGAUUAUAUCGAUCUAAUGAAUCAAAUGUUAAAUAGUAACAAUGAUGCACCAACCACCAUGUGGAAACGAGUCAAUGAACUUCAUGUUAGUGUUUCAAAAACAUUUCCAGUUCGUUACCAUCAUAUUGAAGCUUUAAGAAUAACAAUUAGUGAAGAGUUCAAAUCAUUUGAAAAAUUUUCCUCUGCCAUUUCAAAUAUUGAUAUAUUAAGCAAUGAAGAUGGCUCAACAUCUUUUCUAGUUUUUACACUUGAUCAGUGCAAACGUUAUUCAGAUAUUGUCAAAAAAGUCGACAAAGCUCUAGUUCAAUAUCGACUACCGGUUUACUAUGAGAAUCCGUGUUUCCAUACGAGUAUAGCCUAUAUUGCAGGUGACAAACGAUAUUUAAUGACAAACGAAUGGAAAUUAAAGUGUCAGGCACUAUUGAAUGAAUAUAACUGCAUUCCAAGUGCGACAACGAUUUCAAUUGAAGAUAUUCGUUUAAAAGCUGGAAAUCGUGUUUAUCAUUUGUUCGAUGAUAAAAGAACUUGA